UUGUGCAUUUUUGUCUUCACUACAUACAUCAAUUUUAUUCCACUAUUAGUAUUAUUAUUAUUACAGCAGGCUCCCUAUUAGUAUUACCCAUCCCUAGCUCUGCAGAACCGACGGUGCUCUGUGCUUGGGCCAGUAACCAGUAACAGUAAUACUAGAAGUAACAGUUGGGGGGCGGCUGUACCAGUACAGUGUAACGCUUGAAAACUGGCAAUGUCGGCGGUGACAGCUGCGUUUCUGCUGGCGAUUUUCUGCUUCGCCGGCCAAGCGAGAAGUGCGCAGAGUGCUGCAGCCAGCAUAGGGGAAGUAGUUGACCCGCUGCCACACAUUGUGUUCGUCGUGGCGGAUGAUCUGGGGUUCCACGACCUGGGUUUCCGCGGCACGCGCAUCAAGACUCCCAACCUGGACAGUUUGGCCCUGGGCGGUGUGGUGUUGGAGCAGUAUUAUGUACAACCGGUGUGUACACCAAGUCGUGCGUCGUUCAUGACGGGACGCUAUCCAUUCCGUUACGGCCUGCAGCACUAUGUCAUGCAGGGAGGUCAUGACUAUGGUCUAUUCCUGAACGAGACUCUGAUACCGGAGAAGCUGAAAGGAGCAGGCUACAUGAACCACGCUGUGGGCAAGUGGCAUCUGGGCAUGUGUUCCUGGAAGCAUACUCCCACGUUCAGGGGGUUUGAUUCCUACUUUGGUUUCUACGGCGGAGGCGAGGAUUACUACACGCAUAAACACGGUGGAUACGACAUGCGCCGGGACAAGCAGCCUAACUGCGGAGAGGGAUGCUCAGAAGUGGCGUGGGAUGCGCAGGGACACUACUCCACACAUCUCUUUGCCGGAGAGGCAGUGGGCAUUAUCCAGGAGCAUGACGUUACCAAGCCACUGUUCCUAUACGCACCGUUUCAGGCCGUCCACGCGCCCGACGAAGUACCCGAGUCGUACAUCGAGCCGUACAACACUACUAUACCGGACAAGAAGAGGCGAACGUUUGCGGGUAUGUUGUCAGCACUGGAUGAAGGCGUUGGCAACAUCACCAAGGCCUUGAUGCAGAAAGACAUGUGGAACAACACAGUAUUUGUAUUCUCCACGGACAAUGGUGGCCCGAUAGCCGGCUCCUCUCGUUGUCACAUUUGCGGCGACAACACUGGCACAAACAACUAUCCGUUACGUGGCGGCAAGCAUACGCUCUGGGAAGGUGGUGUUAGAGGCACGGCGUUUGUGCACAGCAAGCGGAUCAGCAAGCCCGGCACCAAGCGAUACGGACUGAUGCAUGCCGUUGACUGGUUUCCGACCUUUCUGGAGCUGGCACGACUUGACCCGGACCAUCCGCCGACGUUCCCAUUGGACGGCGUCAGCCAGUGGACUAUGAUAUCGGAGGGUGUCAACUCCAGCAGAUCAGAGAUUGUGCUGAAUAUUGAUUCACUCCACAACACGCUGGGACCCAAGAGAGAAGGUGGAGGAGGCGAUGCAGCAUUUCGUCAAGGUGACUGGAAGCUGACUGUCGGUGAUCCAGGACCACCGGACAUCUGGUCAGCCAACCCAACAAACUCAUCAGAGCAUGUGCCCGAUGCCGUUCAGGCAGCCAAGACCCAUAACUUCAAGAUGAUGGUUGGCGCGGCAAACAAAACAGUACAGCUGUUCAACAUCGCCAGUGAUGAACGUGAAAUGCACAACGUAGCCGAGCAGAAUCCAUCGGUGGUGACAGCAAUGCUGUCUAAGCUGAUGCAGUACGCGGAAGAAAAGGUUCCGCCUCUCUUCUCCUUCGGCCCGGCUGACCCUAAGUCCAACGUCAAGAACUUCAACGACACGUGGACCCCGUGGACGGAUGAUUGCUGAACAAGUCAAGAAUUCGUAUCUGACCGUGUUGGCAAAUGCUGCUCAUAUCUAUAAAAUUAUUAGCACUAUUCAAUAAUUCUAUCUGCUUUUCUCAUAAUUUUGAAGUAUUUAAAUUCUAGGAUGAUUAUUAAAAAAUUUGAAUUCCCAAUCCAGGAAACUUUACAAUUUGCGAGGACUAUUUUCACAAGUUGAAUAGGAAAUGCGUGGGUGUGUUUUGCAUUCCGACACUUUUUCUUCUAUGUUGGAGAAGUUUUA